CAUCGCGUAGCACUUGAGAGGAAGUCUAGGCGACAGUAAUAAAGCAUGGCGGUCAAGCACAACAACGUUAUCCCCAACAUCCACUUCCGCAAGUAUUGGCAGAAGCACAUAAAGACCUGGUUCGACCAGCCUGCUCGGAAGCAUCGCCGUCGUCUUACUCGCCAGUCUAAGGCAGCGGCUGCCUAUCCGAGGCCUUCUGCUGGACUUUUGAGACCAGUUGUCCGUCCUCCUACUCAAAGAUACAAUUACAAGCUCCGUCUCGGUCGUGGCUUCACCGUGGAGGAGCUGGCCGCCGCUGGUAUUUCUGUCAAGCUCGCACCCACUAUUGGCAUCAAGGUCGACAAGCGUCGUCACAAUAAGUCUAAUGAGUCUCUUGCGUGCAAUGUUGAUCGCUUGAACCAGUACAAGGCUAGGCUUGCUGUCUUCCCUAGAGGCUCGAAGGUGAAGAAGGGUGAUACUGCUCGUGCUGAGCUAGUUAAUGGUACUCAAAACACCUGCAAGACUAUUAUUCCCGUCCCUACCGCCCGUGUUGUGGAGCACGCCCGUGCGAUCACUAAGGGAGAGCGCGAAACUUCCGCCUACACUACCUUGCGCCAGGCUCGCAUCACGAAGAAGAUGGUUCCCAAGCGUGCAAAGGCUGCUGAGGAGAAAGCAAAUGCUGAGAAGUAGAUUGUAACAGUCGGAUGACAGUGCUCAUAGGAGCUGUUAUCACGGCGUGGACGUUGCUACAGGCUCGUUGUCGAUCGUGCGCUUCUGGGUCCGCCAUUGU